CAGGGACCACCUGUCGUCCCAACAUCCUUUGCGUGUCCAAUAUGGAAGAACUGGCGGUGGAGGUCCGUGGCUCCAACGGAGCUUAUUACAAGGGCUUUGUCAAAGAUAUCCACGAUGACUCUCUCACCAUUGCCUUUGAGAACAAUUGGCAGCCAGAACGCCAGGUGCCCUUUGGCGAUGUCAGGAUGCCACCGCCUGCUGAUGCCAAGAAAGACAUCGGAGAGGGCGAGGAGGUGGAGAUCCUGUCCAGAGCCAACGACCAGGAGCCUUGUGGCUGGUGGUUAGCGAAAGUCCGCAUGAUGAAGGGAGAUUUCUAUGUGAUCGAGUACGCAGCAUGCGACGCCACCUACAAUGAGAUAGUGACCUUUGAGCGUCUGCGUCCAGUCAACACCAGCAAGGCCAUCACCAAGAACUCCUUCUACAAGUGCUCUGUCCCAGUUCCUCAGGAUCUACAGGAGGCGUGCCAGAAUGAGAAUGCCCAUAAGGACUUCAAGAAAGCUGUGGGAGCCUGCCGUAUCACAUACUGCCCCGAGACCUGUCAGCUCCUGAUUGUGUCCACCAAUGAGACGACAGUGAAGCGUGUGUCCCUGCUAAGCGACAUGCACCUGCGCAGCCUCAGAACCAAGCUGCUGCUCAUGUCCCGCAACCAGGAGGCCACAAAGCACCUGGAGAACUCCAGGCAGCUGGUGUCGUCCUUCCAGGAGGAGUUCACGGUGAGGCCGGACCUGAUGGGCCUGGCCAUCGGCAGCCACGGCAGCAACAUCCAGCAAGCACGGAAGGUUUCAGGCGUCACUGCCAUCGAGCUGGAUGAGGAGACUGGCACCUUCAGGAUCUAUGGAGAGACAGCCGAGGCCGUGAAGAUCGCCAGGAACUACUUGGAGUUUGUGGAGGAUUCUGUUCAGGUGCCGAGAAACCUUGUCGGCAAAGUGAUCGGUAAGAAUGGGAAAGUCAUCCAGGAGAUUGUGGACAAGUCUGGUGUGGUGAGGGUGCGGAUAGAGGGAGACAACGACAACAAGCAGCCCAGACAAGAAUUGACGCAGGGAAUGGUCCCCUUCACCUUUGUCGGCACUAAGGAGAGCAUUGGCAAUGUUCAAGUGUUGUUGGAGUACCACCUCUCUUACCUCAAUGAGGUCGAGCAGCUUCGUCUGGAGCGGAUGCAGAUCGAUGAGCAGUUGCGGCAGAUCACCCAGGGCCAUCGCCCCUCCGACAGGGAGAGAGGGGAGAGAGGAGGAGGAGGGGGAGGAGGAGGGUACAACCAGGACAGCAGUGCCAACGCCUCCUCGUCCUCCUUACACGCCAGCCGCUCCUACAACGGCCGCGGCCGUGGACGCAGAGGCCACAGCUACAGCACUGGAUACGGCACCAACUCGGAGCAGUCCAACGCCUCCGAGACAGAGUCGGAGCGCAGGGAUGAGCUGAGUGACUGGUCCCUGGCCGGAGAAGACCAGGACAGAGAAAGAGAGAGAGGGGUGCGGCCACAAAGAGAUGCUCGCAGGAGACCAGGAGCGAGCAGAGGGCGAGGAGGGCUCGGAGGAAGAGGAAGAGGAGGAAAAGGAGGCUACAGUAACAGCUCUGCCCCUCGGGACCACGACAAUAUUCAUGCCUACGGAGCCUUGGAGACAAACACCGAGACCGACCAGACAGCAGAUACAGACGCCAGUGAGUCCAACAUGCCUGCAAACCGCCGCCGGAGGUCCCGACGACGCCGGACCGAUGAGGACUCCACCAUGAUGGACGGGAUGAGCGAGUCUGACAAUGCUUCUAUGAGUGAAAAUGGAAUAGAUGACUCGGAGGCUAAACCUCAGCGUCGUAAUCGUAGCAGACGCCGCCGCCUUCGCCUGCCUGAAGAGAGGCAGCCAGUGACUGUGGCCGAUUACAUAUCCAGGGCUGAAUCUCAGAGUCGACAGCUCACCGCCAAGGACACCAAGAAAACCAAGGAUUUGGGUCAGGUAGAUGCCAUCGCCGAGCACAGCCCACAGUCUGCACCGGCAACCACCAAUGGCUCCAGUGCCGGCACCGUGGACGGCGAAGGCGACGGCGCUACGAAACCUCGUCGGUCUUCCACGGAGACACCCGCCAAAGUGUCGUACCAGGCGGACUCCGCCCCCCAGCCGGUCGUCAAUGGGCUCUCCGAUCUCUGAUCUCUUGUCGAAUCCUGAAUGUUCGAACAUCUCGGCGUCCCUGGAGCAGCCUCCGAAGUGAACCGUAACAUUUAAACAAGCACUGUUCUAUGUUUACUCAAGAGAUAUUAUAAACCUCUUCCUCUGUGCAAAAUUUCACAGUUCUGCACUCAAACCCCCCCCCCCCCCCCCCCCCCCCCCCCAACACACGCUCUGUCCAGCUAUUGAUUUCAAUACUUUUUGGGGAUUUUUAAUUUAAUGUAAUUUUAAUGUUAUUUUAAAGAGUUCAUCCUGUUUGAGCUUGCCAAAGAUAGUCAAACACAGACUCACAGAAGUGUACCUGAGUUGUACUUUUCAGUCCUGAGAGCUCAGGGAGAGGCUGGACGGAGUUCAGUGUUUUAGAAACGCAGACAGGGAACCCGCUCACACCAGUACUGUGGUAUGAGUGCAGCACUCCCUUUUGAUCAGUAAAGAAAUAUCACUGCAGGGUUUGAGAACAACAACCACAAAACAUCAGUAUGCCUUUUGCCAGAUGCUUCCACAACCUUUCUUCAGGAUCUUUUAUGCAUCUGAGGUAGUUUUUUAACAUUGUUCUGCAUGAGCAGUACCACUGUGCAGAUAGGUUCGUCUGGAAACCCAAGUAUGUCUGACAUACAUGUGAUCAGCUGUCGUGCCUUGAAAGUAGAUUCAACAUGUCGUUGCCUGGCUCUGCACUCCCUCUGAAAUUGUUUUUACAGCCUGUAUGUGUUCACGAGUGACCCGCAGUUCCAGGUGAAGUGUCUCUGAGGGCAGGUUUAAUCUCACACUUCACCACCCUCAGUGGAUUUCAGGGGACAUAUUUUGAAAAUCACGUGUGUCUGUUUUAUAUGUUGUUUUGGGGAAGACUUAAUCCUUCAUAUACAGUGACAAGGAAAGGUAUGUGAACCCUUUGUGAAUGGUGAGCGUCCAGCGUGGCUUUAGCCAUAACGUGCGGACUGUGCGCCCACUCACAGGAACACUGGCCACUGUGCUCUUAAGUUCUCUCACGGUAGAUUGAUCAAUGUCUGACAUGUUUUUAGAAGCCUUGUUUUAGAUAUUGCUGAUUCACGUUAGCGGAUUGUUCUGGGAAUAGCACUGUGGCUCUGCAGCUUGGUCAAAGCUUUUUUUUUUUUUUUUAUCGAUUUGAGAUUGUUUUGAAGUUCCCUUACAAUUUUUCACCAGCACCCUGAUUGUUUAAUCUCACUGUCACUAAAGGUACCUUAUAAUUGUGUGACUCUUAAGUUUGAGUACAAACGUUUUACACUGUCUAUGCUCGAUUCAUGCUAGCAAAGGGUUUCGCAUACUUUUCAUUGUCGGUGUCCAUAUCUGCUCAAAGAGUUUGACAUUAGCUGCUUCCUGUUUUUAAAUAUGCAACCACUUAAGUCAUACGAGAACUGUUAUUACAGCGUGUCUGGAGAAGAAACAAUAGAAGAGUUGUUUUCUUUGCACUGAGUCGUAACCUUUUUGUCCUUCAAAAAGUGGACUGUAAUGAAGUCUGGAUACUGGCCUGUUACUGUCACGUGCUGACUGAGAUGUAGCCAUCAGUGCUGGGUUUUCUGGAAACAUCACAAGUCGUUGAGCUUUCUUUUUUUUUUCCUCUCUCAUAACAAAAAAAAAAAGUAUUUAAAAUCAACAACAGCAAAACUCAAAGCAUGUUUCAGUUUUUUUUUUUUGUUUUUUUUGUUUUUUUUUUUUAAAGCUUCUCACUGUCACAAAUCUCCUGGGACGACCAGGCUGCCCUGGUGUGGGGAUGUUUCUGGAAAACCAGGCCCAGAUGUCAUUUUCAUGGUUCUUCCACACUGGCUGGCUGGAAACUGGUCACGACUGUUCCACUAAGGAAGGAGAUUUAUUUGGUUUAUUUAUUUAAAGAGAAAAGAUGUACAGUAUUUUAAAAAACACACACAAAAACAAAAAAAACACACUCCUCUUUUUUUCUUGACACUAAGGCAUGCGUUAUCUGGAGGCUUCGUUGGAGGUAAUUUGGACUACUGAAAGUUGUGGCAUCCCAAGUGUUAUUGUUGGGUCAACUACAGUAUACAGUUUUUUUUGUUUGUUUGUUUUUUUAAGGAUUGUCUGGUUGGUUGAUGUGCAAUAUGUUUUGUAUGCAGGUAGUUCUUAAAUAAACUCGGAUCUUUCGUGUAGAUCUCAGACUCA